GGCCCUUCUAUUGUUUCCUUUUUCUCCUAGCCUUCUUCCAAAUUCCCCGUGCUCGUGCUCGUCAACUAUCAUCCAUUCCACCCUCGUUUUGAUCCUGGAUCAGGAACGUGCUCUAGUAUCAAGGAUUGAUGCGAUCUAUCACGGCGAGUGACUGAGUGUUCGCCAUUUGGUUGUCGUUUUCUGCAUACGUAUCGAGACCCGAUUCUUGUGAUUACCGUAUUUCGCCACUGAGGAUGUUCACUGAGUCUUCUCUUUCAUAAUCUGCGGUCAGUGACCCUGCGUCCGGCUAGACCAACUGGAAGAGAAUCAUAUCCAGAACUCGAAUUCGAACUCGGAAGACAUGGAACCAAUGAAGCCACACAUUGCGCCGCUGAAGAUCGAAAAGGGAAACUCCAACUUCCACUCCAAUCGCUUCUAUUCUACCGAACAUAAUCAGAUGACACCUCCUUUAACACCAUCCAACACCAACAACGACAAUAACAGCAUGGAUCAAACGGAAACUCCGCGAGCCGUCUUCCAUAACUACCUGCGCGCUUUCUACCCUUUUCACCCACCAGGCGAUGUAUCACCCGCUACCAUCACACUACCAUUGGAUCAAGGGGACAUUAUAUUAGUGCAUUCGGUUCACACCAAUGGAUGGGCAGAUGGCACUUUAUUAGAUACCGGUGCCCGGGGCUGGCUACCCACUAACUAUUGCGAGGCUUAUGAUCAGUUACCAAUGCGUCCGCUCCUGAAAGCGUUGACCGACUUCUGGGACAUUAUCCAGGGAGGAUGCGGUUUCCCUCUGCGCGAAUUUUGCAACCAGGACACCGUGAAGGGGCUGAUCGCUGGGGUGCGCUUUCUAUUAGAAAAAUCCGAGUGUCUCACUCGCGACUCCGUUCUGGUAAAAAGCCACGAUGGCCUGCGCAGGAACCGCAAAGCCUUGCUCGCAGAUCUUUCUUCCUUAGUCCGGACGACGAAGAAAUGCCAGGAAAUGCCCAGUAGCAGUAACGGCACAGAUGAUGAAGUGUACAUGAUGGACGAGAUGCUGCUGAAGGCGUUCCGAAUUGUGACUCGCGGUGUUCGAUUCCUCGAUAUAUGGAACGAGGAAGUAGGUCUGAGCAGGACCAUCGCCGAGCUUGGACAAAUAACACAUUUUGACAUUCCCCCGACUCCCAUGUCUGACACAUUUUCAUCGGAGGCCGAUACGGAGCGGGGUGAAUCCAGACUGCUGAACCGCAGCCGGUUGGAUAUGAGUCGCGCAUCUAAUCGAACGGAUACGAUAGAUGCCCAGCCACAUCGCCCCGUGUCCGUGUCCACCAAGCGGAUCUCCCACAGAGUGUCUUGCUCAGCGCCUGCUGCGGCAUCCCGAAACCCGAACCUAGCUUCGGAAAGGUUGAACGCCACGUACGACGCUUUUCUGGGAGUGCUAGGCUCGUUCAUCGGACUUCAUCUGCAGUCACGUCCCUCAACAGAGCUGGUCGUUACCACGGAACAGGCGGUGCGGUCUUGUCGAGGUUUGCUGACUGUCGUCGAGGCAGUGUGUGAGCAUGAUCCGCAGGGAAGCGGGCUUCUAGAGCAAGCCCGGGACACAAUGUAUGAGCGACUUUCAGAGCUUGUUUAUGCGGCUCGGGAUGCCUUCCGUCCCGCCCACUCUGCCGAUGACGAGCUUAUCUUCAUGCCGGAUGAAGGUAAACGUCUUGUUGACGCUGCUACCGACUGUGUCAGGAGUGCAGGAAACUGCUUGGCGAAAGCUCGGUGGAUGUUGGAGCAGAGUGGCGAUUUUGAGCUUGAAGCGAUACCCCAGGACUCCAGUGCUGCCACUGAUGCCCAGAGUACACCGAUUCCAAAGCGUACAGGGAGUCUUGCAGGUGAUCAGAAAGAAGUAUCUUUGCGUCUCCCUCCUCCCCCGCUUGAAAUCCCUACCAAGAAGGGUCAACGCGACUCCGCUUCUACUCCGGGCCUCACAGAUGCUACCACUCCGUCUUCCUUCUACUCUCGUGUAUUGGCUACCCCAACCUCUGACAAUGUCGAUCAUUCUCCAGCUGUGCUCUCCUCUAACGUGGACAAAACGUUUACCUCACCCAUCCAUGACACCCAUGUCGAAGAUAGCAUGCUGUGCCGUGACAGUCAUCCGAAAUCUGAAGUCAGCGAGUCCUUCGGCCGGGGAAUCACCAGCACUGGAAGUAGCUUCACGUACAACAGCCACCUGCGUGAUUCUGAAAUGAGUGGGGUAUCCCAGACUUCCACCCGAGCCACGUCUCCGGACAUUUGCAACAGCUACCAAGCACCAUCGCUUCAUGGAAGUGCCAGCCACUCGACUUUGGCUGAGGAGAACGAGGAGACGGAAGCCAACAUCUUAGAGAAGACGUUCGCGCAUGAAUUGAUCUUCAAAGACGGACAGGUAAUGGGUGGCAGCCUUCGUGCUUUGGUGGAGAAGCUCACAGCCCAUGGAUCGACCCCUGACGCUAUGUUCGUCUCCGCCUUCUACCUCACUUUCCGUCUCUUCGCGACUCCGAUGGAAUUUGCAGAGACCCUUGUUGACCGGUUCAACUACAUUGGCGACACGCCUCGCGCUGCGGGUCCCGUUCGCCUUCGCGUCUACAACGUAUUCAAGGGCUGGCUCGAGUCUCACUGGCGGCAUGACUGUGACAAUUUGGCGCUGGACUACAUAAUGGCCUUUGCUAACACCACAUUAAUGCACAGCCUGCCGUCUGCCGGCAAGCGCCUGGGAGAGCUUGCGGAGAAGGUUUCUGCGGUCCAUGGUCCGGUGGUGCCCCGGUUGGUUUCUUCGAUGGGAAAGACAAACACCGCGACUGCGCAAUAUGUACACCCCGAUGCCCCGAUGCCACCACCCAUCCUUGGAAAGAAGGAGAACAAUCUUCUUAGACAAUGGAAGAACGGCGAGGGUAGUCUCAGUAUUUUGGACUUUGACCCGAUGGAACUCGCCCGACAAUUUACCAUCAAGGAAUCCCGCAUCUUUUGCUCCAUCCUCCCCGAGGAGCUUCUGGCAACAGAGUGGAUGAAAAAAUCCGCAUCCUUGGCUGUGAAUGUCCGCGCAAUGUCUACUUUGUCCACGGAUCUAGCACACCUAGUGGCUGACUCCAUCCUCCAGCUGGAGGAGCCUAAAAAGCGGGCAGCUACAAUCAAACACUGGGUGAAGAUUGCCAACAAGUGCCUGGAACUCGACAACUACGACACACUGAUGGCCAUCAUCUGCUCCCUGAACUCAUCGAUGAUCUCCCGUCUUAAGCGGACCUGGGAAAUCGUAUCACAAAAGACCAAGGCAACGCUUGAGUACCUUCGCGGCGUUGUUGAUGUAUCGCGGAACUAUGCAGUUCUGAGACAACGACUCCAGAACCGCAUUCCUCCCUGCUUGCCUUUUGUCGGUACAUACCUGACCGACCUCACCUUCGUGGAUCAUGGAAACCAGCCCUUGCGCAGCCUCCCUACCGAAGACGGUGAGAUGGCAGUGAUCAACUUCGACAAGCACAUGAAGACAGCUAGGAUCAUUAGCGAACUCCAGAGGUUUCAGAUCCCGUAUCGGCUGAGUGAAGUACCGGAAUUGCAAGCCUGGAUGCAAAACGAGUUGAUCCGGGUGCGAUCGAACGGUGAGAAGAGUAUGCAAACAUUCUAUCGCCGAUCGUUGGUGCUGGAGCCGCGCGACCCGCCCCCAACCGCACGCUCGAAUACUCAGCCCGAGUCAAGCGCAUCGUCUAUCCUGGAGAACGCCAAGGACAAAUUUGACUUCCUGUCUUGGACACAUCCUUCCAAAGCCAAGUCAGUGGCGACUAACGGUUGAAUCGCUUUCGUCGGUGAUAUGUGGCCACUAUUAUGAUUUACGACAGUUACAUUUUUUGAUCAUGUUUUACGGCGUUCCAAUAUUUUAUCAUUAUUACCUUAUUUUUCGUCCAGUUUACUAUGGAUAUCCCAUUUCACUUUCGGGCGGCA